AUGAUGAGAAGAAUCCCGAACAUAGACAUGAGCAGAAGAAGGCAUUUUAAAUGUUCCCAUAUAAACAAAGUGUCUAAUAGUGCGAAAACUAAAAGACAUUACAACGAGAGAGACCUAAAUUUAUGCACACCAUUCAAUAAAACUGCAAAUGUAUGUCAUGAACGAAUGGACGACAAUUUUUAUGAAUAUGACAUAAAUGCAACUAUUUUCAGACUACUAAAAAAUAUACACAAAUUGCAGCAGGAGUAUAAUGAAAACAUAGAUAACCAAAGAAGUAGAGGAACAAACUGGAUAGAUUAUCAAAUGGAAAAAAUAUUUAUGUGCUAUACUUCUAUUUAUAAAAAUAUAGAGAGAAAUUUAUUUUUAAAACUAACACUGGAAUUGUUAAAAUGUCCUGUAUUAUAUAAAAAAAUCACAUACCAUUACGAAUUUUAUGAACAAAUACUUUUCGAAAUAAAUAGAUGCUCACAUGAUAAAGAAGUAAUGAACAAGACAUUUUUUUAUGAGCAUGUGAUAAAAAUUAUAUCAACCCUUUUAAAAAAUAGCAAAGCUUUCAAUGAAUCUUGCGAAAGAACAUUUUUCUUGGAUACAAUAAAAAUGAUGCAUACCGAAGAAAAUAUAAAUUAUUUUAUAAAACAUUUUACAUUUUUACUUUCCUGUAUUUCUUUAUAUAAGAGGGAAUUAAAAAAGGAAAUAUAUUUUAACACCAUAAAUGAAGUCAUAACAGAAGAACAUACCUCAUUGGGUAAGAAAAUAUUCCUAGUGCAAAAAAAAAAACAAAUUAUACAGAACUGUAUGCCAAUAAUUCUACAAAUUUUUAAUAAAAUAGAGCAUUACAAUUAUCUAAACCAAAUGGACAUUUGUAAUAUUAUGGACUUCCUAAAUGAAUUUAAACAAUAUCACAAAAUAAAGUCAACCAUAUGUAAAGACAUACAUAAAUACUUCACAACAUCAAGUGAUAUGAAAAAUUUAUGUUUAAUUUUGUAUCUUCUAGCUUGUUCCAAAAAUGAUCAAAAUGAAUUUACGGGAAAUGCUUAUUCAUAUAUAUAUAACAUUAUUUGUUUGAGGCCAAAUGAGCUGUUCCAGCCAAAAAAUAUGAACCUUUUUUUGAUUAGUAUCAUACGAUGGAAGAGUCAUAAGCAGGGAAAGGUAUACAGAUGUUAUAACUCAUACGGGAAUAAAAAUCAAAGUAACAGGUAUGCAAAAAUUGACACAAAAAAGACACUGGGUAGGAGAAGAACCCCCCUGUCGGUAGAAUGUAGAGAUAUGAGGACAAAUGCUAUGAAAAAAGAAAAAUCAAAAAACAAAAAAUUUCAAUUAUGCCUAGACCUACGGAACAAAUUUAUCAAAAAGCAGAAAAUGAAAAAUGAUAAAAAAAUGUAUUUCUGGAUUAAACAGUACUUUCUGCAGUUUAUAAAAAGGGAACAAAAGAGUAAUAAGCAUAUUAAAACAUUUUAUCAAUAUUUUUUGUCUUAUCAUAUAAAUAAAAAUUUUACUAGAAAAAAGAAUUAUAUAUCUCCCAUAACGAUAAUAAAAAAAAUAGGAAAGAUAUAA